UUUAAUAAUAAUCAAACUGAUACGAAGCCAGCGGCUUGGGUGAUUUUUAUAUUUACGCUGCGAAAAGUGGCUUAUAAUGCAGAAAUGUUGGCCUGUGCAGUGGUCAGUGCCUUGGCUAGUCUUGCUGCUCCUAUUUGUCACUCUGCUGCAGCUGACAGUUGCGUUGCACAAGCCAAGCCAUAGCAACAACAAGAACAACAACAACACUUUGGUUAAAAACAGUCUGGGUCACAAUGCAGGACACAACAACAAUAGUAAUAGCAAUAAGAACAGCAACAGCUGCUGCCAGAGGCGGCCCUUCUGGAGUGAACUGCCCAAAGACACCUGCCCCACGACCAUACGCAAAUUGCCCGGCACCGUCUAUAUACUCUACGAUGUAAACAUAUCCGAGGGAUUCAAUCUGCGCCGGGAUGUCUACAUACGCAUGGCGGUAUUUAUACGGCGACUGCGACGCCGCAAACGCUUCCGCAAUGUACGUCUAGUACUGCCUCCCUGGCCGCGGCUCUAUCAUUGGCACUCAAUGGGCCUCCAGCAGCGAGACUUGAUGUGGCGCCACUUUUUCGAUUUGGCCAGUCUGCGACGCUAUGCGCCCGUACUGGACUUUGAUGAGUUUCUGCAGGAGUACCGCAUGUUCGGCAUGCCAGCACCACCUUAUGUCCACGUCUCCCAGGUGUUUCGUCUAACGCACUAUGAGAUUAUGAUGGAACAGGGUGUGUUCCGCGACAAGUAUGAGCGCAUAACGGUGGAUCCCAGCUCGGUGCGACCGGAGGCUUGCAAUGAGCACUCAAUCAGCGGUGGCGCUUUAUUGCAGCAGCAUCUGCUGCGCUAUGGACGCUAUAACUGCAUGCGCUUCCAGGGCAGCGCAGGUCUGCUAGAGCAUCUGCUGCGCCAGGCUCUGGACGAGGACACGGCGGGUGAGGACGACCAGCAUGAUUUGCGCGUCUAUGCAGUGCUCAGCGCCGAGACCGUACUGCACGACAGUUGGGGCGAUGAACAUUUUUGGUUGGCGCGUCGCUCCAUGCGCUUUGCACGCAGUCUGGAGCAGGUGGCCGUGGAUUUUAUGCACACGGCGUUACAGACCACGGUCGCUGAGACGGGCGUGCAGCGGCCUGCCCUUUGGGAACUAGAGCGUCCCAAACGAGAUGCCCGUGGUGGCAACUUCUUGUGCGCACAUUUGAGACGCGGCGACUUUGUUAGAUCUCGUGAAACGACCACGCCCACGCUAAAGUCAGCAGCCCAGCAAAUUAAGCAGCUGCUACGCCUGUACAACAUGACCACCGUGUUUCUGUCCACAGAUGCCACGCCCUAUGAGCUGCUGGAGCUGAAGGAGGAGCUAUUCUAUCGUUUUCGCUUUGUGCAUUUUACGCCAGAGUCGAAUGCUCAACGUCAGCUGCUCAAGGAUGGGGGCGUGGCUAUUGUGGAUCAGAUAAUCUGCUCGUAUGCCAGGCACUUCGUGGGUACGUAUGAGAGCACCUUUACCUAUCGUAUCUAUGAGGAGCGCGAAAUCUUGGGCUUCAGCAAAUCCACUACCUUCAAUACAUUCUGUAAAGCUCUGGGCGGCAGUUGUGCCCGGAAUGCCGUCUGGCCAAUUGUCUGGAGUGAAGACGAUGACAUGGACAAUCAAUACUAAGAAUUUACUUGUGACUUGUAUGUAUUUAUAUUCAAUCAAUCUAAUUUAAGCAAUUUUAUACAUACUCUAAUCUACGU